GCACUUUAAGCCCCGCCAUGGCCUUGCUCCCUGUGGACAUGCAGGGUGUGGUGCAGGAUCUGCACCUGGACAUCCAGAAGCUCUUUACUCGCGUCCACCAAUUGGAAAUCCGACAGGUCGCUGGAAAGCGGGAUGUUGAGACAAAGCUGCACAAAGUAGAGCAGCGUCAAGAUGAAGAGCUGACGUCUCUACGUGCCAGCACCGCAGCUUUGGAACGGAAGGAUUCAGUGCAAGAUGCGCUGUUGGAAACCCUUUCAAAGAAUAGCCUGGAACAAAACGUCCAAGAGUUGGCCUUGCAGUGCCGAGAGCUGGACAAGACAUGCUUGAAGCAUGCAGAGCUGCUGGAGAGCCUUGAGGCUCGCAUCAAGCCUCUGGAGUUUGCAAAGGAUGAGACCAACAAUUUCAAGCAAGCCAUCUACGAGCGCCUGGACGAGAUGACUUCGAUUUUGGCUGGGAAGGAUGUCGUGGAAGGACAGGCGGCUCUGAUCAAGGCUUGCGAAAAGAAACUCACUGUCCACACGGAUCGCUUGAAAAGUAUCUCUCAGGUUCUUGACCACCAAGGACACGUUCUGGACCGUCAUGGCGUCUCAGGUGAAGCGGACUCUUUGUCGCAGAGGCAAGACAAGGCAGAGGUGGCCUGCGCCAAUGCGAUGCGAUCUUCGACAGCAGCAAGGCAGGAGGUGGAAAGUGUGGUGUCGCGUGUCGACGAAGGUUUGCUAAGAAUGGACGCCGAGAUUUCAGACACAAAGGAGGAUAUGUCCAAUGAAUUCAAAGACUUGAACAAGCGAGUUGAGAUAAUAGAGGAAGGCUUUGCGCAUGUUGCUGAUCAACUUCAAAGAGCUCAAAUCUGUGAGCCUGACGUCAGCAUGCAUGAAGGAUCGCCAGGUGGAAAUGAUCGCAUCAACACAGGUCUGUCCAAGGCUGGAGUUUCAAGCGCAGAGAUCGUGCAAUGCCUGGAGGACAUGCAGGACUUGGUCCAAUGGCGGAGCCAAGUCAGGGACGAGAUGGAUCGAUUGCAUCGCUUGGGCAGAAUCAUGGAGGACCGAUUGGAGGCAUUCGAUGUACUGGAGCGCCGCACAGAAGAUCUUGCGCAGCAUUUGGAGGGAAAGGGCCCAAGAGAUCCAUCUCCACCACGCGGAGCAAGGAGUCGGAGCUCAUCCCCUGGUUGGAGAGCUCUACGGAGUGAGCAUCCCGAUUUGACAUUGACUGGGAAAGGAUCCUCUCCCAAAGCAGCGCAGCCGCCUGGUUACAUCUCAAGCCCAAACUUUGCAGGCACUGGCUUCGCCAAAGUUCCUCCACGCCGGCCGUAUUCAGCAGGAGCAAUACGAGGUGAUGCUCCCUCGCCGCUCCAACAACUUCGAGAGAAAAUCCUCCAGGCGGUUCCUGCUUUGCCACCCGAGCUGCAGAAACAGCUUGAGGCUGCCAACAAGAGUGCCACUGGCAACGGCGUUUUCCCCCGUCCACCUGCUGCUGGCGCACCUGCUGGUGCUGCCUUCGCGAUUUGCCGCCCUGGCAGCCGUUCAGGACCUGCUAUGCGACGUCCGGUGAGUGCACGUUGAAGCUGAUGUGCCGGUUCCAGACAUUCCAGACAUGUUUAAUGAAUCGACUUGGUCCUUGCACAUAGUGAUGCAUUGCCAUUCAUUGGCAUGGCAUUUUUUUUAAGCGUUUCACUGUGGAUUGACUUGGUCAUGUGGCAGGAUCGUUGCCAGAACAUAUGGCAAUUUGCGCUCCCAGCUGCAUUUUUCAGUGGAUUUCGAGCCAAAGAUCUCUCGAAGCUCUCGACCAGCCUCUGUAAGUUGGCUGAUACAUCAAACAGAUCUUAAUCUCUCCAAAGAAUGAGAGGCAAAACAAUGCUCAGCUUUCGGGUCCGGCAAA